AUGGAUCACACUACUGACUCUUAUGACGUACACCACACUACUGACUCUAAUGACGUGCAACACACAACUGAUUCCGAUGACGUACACCACACUACUGAUUCUAAUGACGUACAACACACUACUGACUCUAAUGACGUGGAUCAUACUACUGACUUCGAUGACGUGGGUCACAUUACUGACUCUAAUGACGUGCAACACACAACUGAUUCAGAUGACGUACACCACACUACUGAUUCUAAUGACGUACAACACACUACUGAUUCAGAUGACGUACAACACACUACUGUCUCCGAUGACGUGGAUCACACUGCUAACUCAGAUGACGUGGAUCAUACUACUGACUCAGAUGAUGUGGAUCACACUACUGACUCCGAUGACGUACAACACACUACUGACUCCGAUGACGUGGAUCACACUACUAACUCAGAUGACGUGAAUCAGCCUACUGACUCUGAUGGCGUGGAUCACACUACUGACUCUAAUGAUGACGUACACCACACUACUGAUUCUAAUGACGUACACCACACUACUGACUCUGAUGACGUACAACACACUACUGGCUUCGAUGACGUGGAUCACACUACUGACUCUAAUGGCGUGGAUCACACUACUGACUCAGAUGAUGUGGAUCACACUACUGACUCCGAUGACGUGGAUCACACUACUGACUCCGAUGACGUGGAUCACACUACUGACUCUAAUGGCGUGGAUCACACUACUGACUCCGAUGACGUGGAUCACACUACUGACUCUAAUGGCGUGGAUCACACUACUGACUCUUAUGGCGUGCGACACACUACUGAUUCAGAUGACGUACAAUACACUACUGACUCCGAUGAUGUUGAUGACACUACUAACUCUUAUGACGUGAAUCACACUACUGACUUCGAUGACGUAAAUAGCACUACUGAUUCUAAUGACGUACAACACACUACUGACUCCGAUGACGUACAACAUACUUCUGACUCAGAUGACGUGGAGUACACUACUGACUCAGAUGACGUGCAUCACACUUCUUACUCAAAUGCCGCUCUACACACUUCGGACUCCGAUUACGUUCGGCACACCUCUAACCCCAAUGACGUUCAGCACACAGCUAAUUUUAAUGACGUGCAACUCACUACUGACUCCGAUAACAUUCACAACAACACUACUGACUCUGAGGACGUGGAAAGCACGACUAUUUCUGAUGACGUAGAACGCAAUACUAGAUCUAACGACGUAGGGAAUACUUCCAAUUUCAAUGACGUGAAACAAACAACAUCCGAUGACGUUGAACGCACUUCUAGAUUAGAUAGCGUUGAACACACAACUACCCAAGUUGAAAGGAUGUGUCGUUGCUGUAGGUACACUAAUGCCACACAGAUGACAAAUUUUGUAAAACAACAAAUCAUCGAUCAGUUAAAAGGGGAACUCUUGGUUUCAAAAACAAACACGUCCGCUAGUCGACGUAAACUCAUCAGCGUGUAUGACUCCAGACCCAGCAGCGUCGCCAUAGGAAGUCUGGGGUGUGUCUUACUUGCUGUGAUCCUAGGCGGUAUCGUUGUACCCGAUGUUAUCAACCUCGGGAGGUUCCUCUAUAAGUGCAUAUAG